AUGGAAUUUCUGAAGGCACAUAAUGCUUUGUGUGGCGUUUUAAGGUAUCCUAGAACUUCUGAUAUGCUCGGAAUAAAUCUACAUAAAUGUGUUGAUUCCAACCUUUGCAGUUAUCCUGGAGCUGAAGGGGCUGUAACUGGAACUCGUGUUCGGCAGAGUGUUCUCUAUUCAAACCGCCCAAGGGGGCCGCGACACAGUCAAGUACCAGCACCGACCGAGGACCAUUCCAGCGAGGUGAGUAGGAGUGAGCUUGGUAGGGCAGUUACAGAUUUGCCAACAUUUGAGGCGCUGUCAUUGAGUGACCCCCCAAUUUUGACCCUUCGAGCAACUGAGGAGCAUGCCGGUGAUGUGAGCAGUGGUGAACUUGGUCCAACAGUUACUGUCCAAUCAAGAUCUGAAGCACUGUCUGUGAGUGUUUCAUCUUUUACACCUCAAUCAACUGAGGAGAAGCUCACAAAAGAUCCAGAUGAUGACACGGAGGAGGAGCUGCGUUUGUUUAAGGAAUACUUUGAUGCGCGUCCUUGUACCAGCAUUGAUCAAGCUUUUGAUCGAAUCAGAGCUUCCGAGCACGCUACUCUUACUGCCCUAGCUGCUAAGUGGGGUAGAGAGCCACCACCACCACCAAAGAAAUACUUCACAGAUGAUCAGGAAACUCAAUCACUUCAGGCACAGCAACAGGCUUCUGCCGCAGCUGCUCAUCCGCAGCAUUGUACAGCACCCAGAGAACCGAGGCGGGAAGCUUCCACAGAAGAAAUUAUUGAGAACACAAAGAAAUGGAUGCAUGAGGAGGUGAUGGUGGUUUUUAAAAAAUACAUUGAAAAAAGAGACGAUCUCAUGGUACGUGACUACCACCUUGAAGAACUUCGCCACCUGUGCGUUAAUGUCGAGAAAUAUUACAAAGUUUUCCACCAUUAUAACUUCACGGUGAGGAUGAAGAAGGCUAAUUCAGCUGAUUGGACCGUUGCAUUGUACUUUGGCGAAGUGAAGGAGAUAUUUGGGAGAAAAUACUAUUUCUGCUGCCCUUUGGAGCCAAAUGAAAAUGGUCAUUGCUAUGCAUGCAUGAACCAAGGAGUGGAAGAUUUGCAGCACCCUGCCACGGGUGGGUUUGACAUGGGCUUGUCUGAUGGUGGAUUCAAUUUCUGGUAUACAGAUGAAUGAUGACGAAGCUGGAAGCUAUUUACUCGGACGAUUUCGGAUGUACUGUUAGGUCCGAGAGAUUUGAAUCUUGUUGGUCAAGGUUGUAGGAUGCUAAUUUUAUUCUCUUCAGAAUCAAUGUUGUAUGCCUAUGACACUGAAUCGUGCUAGCAUUAUCUAUGAUGUAGUGAAGCACUUCCUUUGUGAAUCUUUGAUUAAGAUUGUUUGCAUAA